AUGGCUGUUGUGCAAGAUGGGAACGGGAACAUAUUUCCGAUAGCGUUCGCAUUGGUUGAAAGUGAGACAAAGGAAGCUUGGAGUUUCUUUCUUAAGAAUUUAAGAAUACACGUUACUCCCCAAGCAAAUCUGUGUCUAAUGUUAGACAGACAUGAAUCGAUAAAGAGUGCAUAUAACAAUUCGGAAAAUGGAUGGCAGUAUCCUCCAUCAUCACACGUCUAUUGCAUUAGUCACAUCGCGCAAAAUUUCAUGCGCGAGAUUAAAGACAAGGAUCUACGCAAACUAGUUGUUAACAUGGGUUAUGCGUUAACAAAGGCGAAAUUUAACUACUAUCGGGGGGAAAUCCGAAGAACAAACAACGACGCUUUAUCAUGGAUAGACAACAUCCCUCGGGAGAAGUGGGCAAGGGCAUUUGACGAAGGGCAACGUUGCGGUCACAUGAUAACUAACCUAGCAGAAGCAAUGAACUCGGUGCUAAAAGAAACCCGAAACCGUCCAAUCACUGCAUUGGUCAAAUCUACGUAUUAUCGAUUAGGAUCACUAUUUGGUAGAAGAGGCCAUCAAUGGACAAAAAUGUUAGCCUCUGGGCAGGUUUCCAUUGAUAACUGCAACAAGGGGAUGGCUGAGGAAGUCAUCAAAGCUAACACACAUAACGUCAUGCAGCUCGAUCGCGAGAGAUUUUAUUUCAUGAUCCAAGAGAAGAUUAAUCAUAACGACGGUCGACCAACCGGAACAUUCAACGUUGAUCUGAGGAAACAACACUGUGAUUGUGGGAAAUUUCAGGCAUUUCACUUACCUUGCUCCCAUGUAAUCGCAGCAUGUUCGAGCAUACGCUAG